UGCACAAUAUGGCAUUUAUUUACGUUCUGUUAGUAUACUGUCGACGCCGGCAUGUGGGAAUCUUCAGAGCGGGUGGAAUAAUUCGAUUCUCCUAAUGUUAUCGUUCUGCAAAUGGGAAAGAGUGGAAAUCCACAGACACAGUUUAGUCACUGGCCAGCAGGUUCACUUGGGCGACUUCCAGUGAAAUGAAAAAGUUAAUUAAUGUCAUUCUAAUUGGAACAGUGUUCGUAUCAAGUCGUGUGCGUUGGAUUGUCUCCUGGAGAUAUGAAUAAAAAUGUGUUUCCUUCAUUGUCGAGUUGUAUGAUCAAGAUAGAUUAAAGUACCUACGCGAUGUUUUAAAUUGAGUGAUUGUACUAGAUCUCUGGAAGCUGAAUUGUAAAAUGGAAGAAUGAUAAGACUGUGUUGACAUCAUCACCUAUCGGGUUGAUACGGAAACACAUCAUGUUCCUACUGUUCCGAAUAAAGUUUGCUGGAAUGAUGACUAAUUCAUGCUCCAUCAGAACUUCGAAGGACAAACAACGCCUAUGUGAUAACGUAACAACUCUUAUUCUUCGGAACAAAUCGAUACUCAGAUGUCUGGCACUGAUGAACGUCAUAAUAGCAUAAUACUCAAUAGGAUUGCACCCUUCUUCACGGACUGAACUCAGUAUGAAGAAUUUUUUACGAAAUAGUGAAAUAAGUGCGAAUGUAGACAACGGAUCUAGUUCCAUGCUGUUUUCUCCGUCUGUAAAGAAAAAACAUAACAAGUUCAAAGCAAGUCUGUCGAUGGUUCGCUGGAUGAGAGGUAAUAGACCGACCGACCAAAAUAAAAGCAACGUCAUUCAAGCAACACCUUGUUGCGGAUUGAUUACUGCCAACGAUAAAGAGAUUCAGACACAGAAAGAAUUCCUCGAUAAGUCAGUGCAAUGUAAUUUUUCUCUCGAUGAUAACCUAAAUUACAGAUCUCAGCAUUUACCCCAUCAAGGAAUCACAAUCGGUUCCAUUAACGAGCGACUGAACAUUAUUAAUGAAAACCAUCAUUAUAUAUUUUGUGGGAUGUGUAACUGUUGCGGCAUGGAGGUUCCAAUGUCACAUAGUUUAAUUUCUCGCUCACCCCUUGAUGAUGCUCGUCGAAGAAGUCUCGAUCAUAUUGAUUCAAACAAAGUAAAUCAAUACCGCGAGCGACCAGCGACUGGCGUGGCCAUUGGAAAUGAUUUAUCGAAUGAUCCGCCGCUAUUUAGGAAAAACAAUUUGUUUUCUCGCGAAAAUAUUAGUGAAACGUGGAAAACUCAUAAAAACAGAUCGGUGCACAGUGCUACGCAAUCAUCCCGAAAAUCAAUGUUGAACCAUAUGGAAACCAGAACAGAGGAUCAAUCGUUUUCCAAAAAAUAUGCACAGCGCAAAAUCGGCCGCGUCAAUCCAUUCGUAACGCCUAGGGAAGAAGAUGAGUAUGAACAAGUGAAUGAAGUGAAUAUUUCGCCGAAAGAACAACAACAAGCCUAUCUGGUACUGGACAUAAACGAUCAAGCGCGAAGGCCAUUCAAACGGAAAAUAUGUACUCCAUUUAACAAACGGAUAACGAUGCCUCCGGAACAUUUCAAGCAGUGGCCAUCAGGAGCUGAAUUGUAUACUGAUCCCGGUGACUACAGGCGAUCUCUGCCAAUUUAUGCGACAAACUCUUCAGAAGUAAUAUCCGAUGCGAAUUACUCACAAAAUGCACACUUUAUCCGAUAUCACCAAUAUCCCGAAAGCGCCAUUGAUUCCAACUCUAUAAUGUUCCGCAGCAAUGUGGAUGAUCUUCAUACAUCGGAAAAUUUUACCAACCAAAAAAAGCUAUACUCAAACGUUCCGAACCGAAGUUCAAUCGAUCCGAACCGACUCCAUACAGUAACACCUAAUAAUUCGAGUUUGUACAGUAGACUUAGUGGAAGCAUCCAGAAUUUGUUUGUCGGCAGUCGGAAUCAGUACGGUGGUCAGUCAACGGUAGAUGUUCGAUCGAAUUAUAGUAAAAGUGAAAACAAUUUACAUGAACUGAGUAGGCGUCGGGGAGCUCGCGAUCGUUUGAUUUUCUUUGGUUCUCGAGAGAAAGUGCGUCAGCGCAGAUCGAACAAUUUUCUUACGAGUGGAGGAGGGAGCUUCUUCACCUACAACUAUGACGAAGAAGAGGAGAGCAACUGGAAAAAGUACUUCAGUUUCAAAAUGAAUCUGUUACGGAAGCAUAGAUGGGGCUCAAAGAAUCAAAUGGAUCCCAAAAGAAUUCAAGAUCUGGAUGGCAGCUUCUUUGAAAAAUUCGGUUCAAUCCUCCGUCAAAAAUCAGAAGUUCAUGAAGAAGGUCUUGCUGCUCCGCUUGAACCUUUCCCGGAGGAAUCAGCGGAGGAAACAUAUCUUACCUCUCAGCAAGCUUGCCCGGAAGACGAAGAUGCUGCAAAUGAAACAUUGCCAGAUAGUGAUUAUGAGGAACAACAGGAUAAGCAAAAUGAAUUCAUCGGAGAUGCCUUUGGCUGGAACAUCGAGGAGCUCUAUGAGGAGAUUUUGUUCGAAAUCCUCAAUAACAUUGGCUGUGAGAACGAAGAAUUGUGCGAGGAAAGUCUCAUCCACUAUGUUCAGGAAGCAUUUAAAAUAUCGAAUGAAACACAUGAGCAAAUCCUGGAAGCAGCACGAAGCAAGGAACCGCCGGAGAUAUGUCUGAACGUGGAAGUAAUCGAGGCUAAGGAGCUUGAACCGAAAGACUCAAAUGGCCUUUCAGACCCCUUCGUGACAAUGUUCAUCGCUUCAAAUCCAACGCAUCGAUACAAUACCUCGGUUAAAUCGGCAACGCUCGAUCCUCUUUGGGAGGAACAUUUUUCACUGCCGAUUGAUGAAAAUGCAAACGAUGCUAACCUGAUUGUAGAGGUGUGGGAUUUCGACCCGGCGGAGACGGUUAAGGAGAAGAUGAACAAAGUUUUCGACGUGAAAGGUGUUCGAGGACUGAGAAAGCUUAUGAAGGAAAUAGCGGUCACUGCAUCAACUGGCAAGCACGACAAUGAGCUGAUUGGACGUGCCAGCAUACCGUUGAAGUCUAUUCCAGCAUCAGGUUUGGUGAUGUGGUACAACCUGGAUAAAAAGAAUAAACUUAAGCGCCAAGGGACCAUAAGGAUAAGACUGAACUUUAGUUCACAGAAAAACAACCAGGUGGCAGCACAAGAGCACCGACAUUUGUUGAGAAUACUUCUCCUGCACGAGCUUGAAACCUCCAAGGUAGCACAGUACUGGUGGUCGGGUAAAUUUACUCCACAGGGUGAGUCUGUGCUGACUCAGCACUCUGCCCAAAGUAGUCUGCCGGCAACUGCGGUUGCAUUUAUCCAGUGGUCUGUGUACAGUGCCAUUCACCUAGAUCACCAUCUGGCAUUCAGUUUAUUCGAUUCGCUGUUGGAGAAAAUCAUACGGCCUAUACAAACGAAAUCGGCCUCGGACGAAGAGCUGAAACUAUUCUGGGAGGCCACAAAAAAGCUGCUUCCUUCACUCUUUUCGGUGAUUCGUAAAUUGCGCAAAAAGACUGCUGGUGAUAAGAUGGUGAUCAAAAUGUUGACUGAUGUGCUGAAUAUCCUUGCCAAGAUAUCAAUGCUGACGCCGCCCGAUGAGACAGACCUUUUUCCAGUUCAACAAUAUGCCUGGAUUCGGCGGGCGAACGGCAAUGAACCGAGCUGGGACAUUCGAGAGGCGUUGAAUAGCGCCGUUGUGUCUGGAGCCGAGAAUUGGCUGAAUGGCAUAAAAGAAUGUCAUUUCACACAAUCCGGAUUAGAUGAGGAUCGUUUACAGAAUUUAAUCAAAAUAAUCCAACUGGUACGAUCCGAUAUUCAACGUUCCAUUGAAUACUACGAUAAACUUUUCCAAGAGAUUGUUCGCUUCCAGUAUACCAAAGAGUUAUAUAUUACUUACGAGUUAAAGUUGGCAGAACUGAUUAAACCUACCGUGGAAGAAAUUUGUCGCAGUUUGAAACGGAUUGAUAUCCCGGAAGCAAGCGGAAAUGGAUUUAUUGAGUUCGAAGACAUAAAUAUGGGCACGACUCUAUUCGAGUUGUACCUUGUCUUGAAACGAUUUUCCACCCUCGGGCCGGCUCUGAGUCCUGGAGAAUCCAACUUCGCAAUUGACGAAUAUCAUCGAUGGUUCACGGGAGGGGUGACACAUUGGUUGGAUAUUUCAGUCUACAAAGCAUUGACCAGAAUUCACAAAGCUAUCGAGCUGGACAAACUACAUCCAGUGGAUGAAACAGUAAAAUAUUCUUCCUCGGCCGUAGACACUCUUGCGAUAUUCUACCAAAUUAAGAUAUUUUGGCAACAACUCGCUUGGCCCGAUAUAGAGGGAGCUUACAUUUUCGUUGCUAAAAUUGUUGAUGACAUCUGCCGAUGCUGUGUUUUCUAUGCCGAUCGCAUGUCCACACGGGUUGAAAAUCUUGGAGUGGUCGAACAUAUUUACGAGAAAAAAUUCGAAGUUACACAAGAAUGGUGCCUUGCAAUCAACAAUAUCGACUACAUUCGACAAAGUUUGAAGCCUUUUGCGUCUGAACUGGGAGUAGAUGACAUAAUUGCGAAACUGGGCGAUGUCCAAAGCCCCAUCGAAGCAGAGCGUUGUGCCGAAACACUACGGGCUGUGCUCGAAAAUGCCAUUGAUACUGAACGAAACAAAAUUUUAGACUUGGUAGAAAAGUUGGCCAAGAAAAUGGCUCCCGCCAUGCGAAGAUUUUUGGUGGAAGGAGCCGAACUACUACAACAGGACUCAAAUUCGAUGGAUCGUCUGAUGAUGUAUAUGGAGGAAUCGCUGGCAAUGCUGAAUAGUGAGCUCAAUGAGACGAACUUUGAGCGUGUGCUAGACGCAAUUUGGAGUGAACUAACAACCAUAUUAUAUGAUCUCAUUCAGAGUAAUCUUGACAAACGUCGUCCGCCAGCUUUCUUCGCCAAUUUACGCGAUACGCUGCACAUAAUGGUGGCCAACUUCAAAACCACCCGAAAUCAAGAAUCGGAGCAUGCGUCCGAUAAAGAAACACUGGUGCACAUCGAGCGAUUGCUGCAGCUACAUGGUUACGAAACAACCGAUCUCAUUCAUCAGUAUUACAUCGAUAGACUACAAGAACAGGAAGCCCAGGACGACAGCGAGUAUGGAGUGCUAGCGGUUCAGUGCUUCUUCAAAGAUAACAUCCUUGAGCUAGAAAUCAUGAACGCGCGUAACCUCAAACCGAUGGACUCGAAUGGAUCGUGCGACUCGUUUGUGAGAGUGCAUUUCAUUCCGGAGGAACGAUUCGUGGGUGUUAUUAAACCGCGUACGCAAAGUCACUCAAAGACGUUAUUUCCGCUGUACGAUGAAAAAUUUAUCAUCUCGUUUACACCGGAACAGCGUGCCGUGAAGGAUGCAAUCAUUCUCUUCAGUGUAAAAGACAAGGAUUUGUUUGGAAUGUCCAAUCAAUACUUAGCCGAAUGUUACUUAAGCUUUAACGAUAUCGCUAACAUUGCUAGUGAAACCGGCAAAAUUGAACAGAAGCAUUUGAAGCUCACCCGUCCUACUCGUUUAGAUACAGACAGUAUCCGGGCACUAGAAUAUCGUCAGGGGGAUAAACAAGCGAGGGAUUUUAUCAAGAAACUAAGACAGAAAAUGGGACAGUAGAACAUUGCUUGACAUUUGCUGCAAUAGGAUUUUUAUGAACCUCAUUUAGUCUUUCAUAUAACAGAGCUGUUGUUUAUAUUUUUAUGCUUUUUUAAAAUCCAUUUAAUAAAUGCCUCAAAUUGUUUUAA